AUGGCGAUUCCUAAUGCUGCUCUACAGAAGCUUCUUCAAGAAGUCGAAACGCAGGCUGUUCUUUCCCAACAGAAAAUCACUCAGACGCAAGCAGAACUCAACGUCAAACGACGAGAUGCACGGUUGAACCUCCUCACAUCCAACGAACUCAAAUCACUGUCCAAAGACACAAAAACAUAUGAGGGCGUGGGAAAGAUGUUCGUUGCGGUACCGGUGUCAACCCUCACCCGCCGACUUGAAUCCGACUCGACCACUUUGAAUAAAGAGAUAUCUGAACUGGAAAAGAAGUUGCACUAUCAAGAGACGACUUACAAAAACAGUCGGCAACAUAUUGAGAAAAUCUUACAAAGUGGAUCUCGUCCAUGA